GUUUGGAAUUUUCUUUAUAAAUGAAGUCGCGGUAUAUACCAGCUCGUGUCUGGCGAUGACGAAAAUUGAGAUCGUAACGGUGCUUUUAGUGGAAUUAGUAUCAUUCGAACGACUAGUACGAGAGACCAGGCCCGCCUCUUCUUACUUGUGUGUGCACCACCGAAACCGAUCGCAGGGUAUAACAAACGAAUUAGUGGUUUAUAGUGGAACAGUCAGUUCGGGUCGCUAUAAAACGAACACGCUUCUCGUUCUGGAGAAACAGUUCAUCGUCGAUUUUCGUGAGUGAAGUACUCAUGGACUUUACCAAACUAAAGAUGUCGAUGCUGUGCUUGUGUCUUUUAUUCGCAGUAGUCGCGGCUGUUCCGAAGGUUCAUCACGAUGACGACGGGGAGAAGGGAGGAGAUCAUGGCGAUUCCCAUGGACAUGCCCAUUCGUAUCAACAUUUUAUCGGACCGGUAGUGGGUCAUCACGAUGAGAUAACGUGGAAGGACAAGCAUGGUGAUCAUUACCAUGAUUAUAGAGCUCAUCCAAAAUACAAAUUCUCUUAUGGAGUUGUAGAUCAUCAUACGAAGGAUCAUCAUGAUCAGAGCGAGCAUAGGGAUGGAAAGAAAGUGGAAGGAGAAUACCAACUACACGAACCCGGCGGUAACGUUAGAGUUGUCAAGUAUCAUUCUGAUCCUCAUGGUGGAUUCUUUGCUGAAGUUCACAAUCAUGGUGGAAACGAUCAUUCCGGUGGUACUUAUGGUGGACACAAACACCGAUUUCUUGGCAUUCUUGCCUUUGUUGGGAUCAGCAAUGCUUUUCCCGGACACGCACAUAGUUUCGUACAUUUCUAUGGACCCGUAAAAGGACCUGGUCAAGAAGUUAUAUCUCAUGGUAAACACGGCCAUCAUAUAGAUUAUGUUGCUCAUCCGAAAUACGAGUUCUCUUAUGGCAUUGAGGAUCAUCAUACUGCGGAUUAUCACGGACAGAAAGAACACAGAGACGGUAAAGACGUAAUCGGCGAAUAUACGAUCAAAGAACCAGGUGGUAAUACGAGAAUCGUUAAGUAUCAUUCUGAUCCUCACGGAGGAUUUUUCGCUCAUGUUCACAACACUGGUGGCAAUAAUCACGAAGGUGGUACUUAUGGUGGUCAUGGUCAUGAACACGGUUACGGAUAUUAACGUCAGUAAUAAUAUUAACCAAGUUAAAAAAAGUAAAAGAACGGAAUAUGAUA